ACGUUCGUCAUGGCGUAUGUAUAAGAAUUUGCAUGUUAGGAGGAUUACAGUGUUGCAUUUUAUUGUGAUCUAAAGAUAUUUGAAAGAUAAAAUAAAUAUUACGUUUGUAUUUUACAUAAAGUUUGUUACAUGUAUAUGCAAAUAGGUUAAAUGAAAAAUAUCUUUUUAUUUUAAUGUGAAUACUCGUAUUGACAAAGGAUAACGUAGCUUUGAGCGAAUAUUGAUCGACAAAUUGGCGGGAUGUUAUUGUUUGUUUUGCAAUGUUUUUGAAAAAGAUGAGAGUGAAAUAGGUUAGUCUCACGUUGUGCAUCAUGCAAUAAAUGAAACGGUUGUCAUAAAUAUGUGCAGUUAAUCGUCCUCGUGAAGAUAUAUGAUUUCGAAUUCAACCAAGCAGAGUCUAAAACAAUAUCGUUAUAUUAUCCAACAUUUGCGAGAGCAUGACGUAAUGCAAAAUAAACCAAUAGUUUACAGAGUUGAUUAAAUCCUGAAGAUAUCACCUGACUCCAACGUUUCUUGCAUUAUUGAUUACGAUUAACAGUCGUCAAUUUAAAACGUAAAUACCAUUUAUAAUUUAUAAAACUAGACAUCGAUCUGCUGUUUAUAUAUACCAGCGAGCAAUUGUGACACGCAGUGCAAGCAAAAUGGCUCUCUUCCGGAAGUUCAAUGAGAGAAUACCAAGGAGAGCAAUUCUAGGUGCAAUGAUGUUUUUAGCUUGUAUGUUUUCAUAUAUGAUUCGUACAAAUUUGUCCAUUAUUAUUGUUGCUAUGACAAAUACAACUAGUAAAGAUGGAAUAAGUGGUCCAGCAUGUUCUGCCAUCGCUACUAAUGGCAAUAGUACUAGUCAUAAACCUGCUGUACUUAAAGAUUACGGUGAACGAUUUGAAUGGAAUCAACAUGUACAAGGUUUUCUGCUCUCUGGCUAUUUUUACGGAGUUCUUCCAGCAAGUGUGCCUGCUGGUCUUUUGGCUGAAAAAUAUGGAGGUUCUAAAGUAGUAGCAUUUGCAACACUAAUACCUGCAAUAUUAAACCUUUUGAUGCCUUGGGCUUCUGAUAUUCAUUAUGGUGUAGUGUUUGCACUUCGUUUUUUGAUGGGCUUCUUUGGAGCAGCUAUUUACCCUGCUCUCCAUGCAAUGAUAGCAAGAUGGGUUCCUCCUAGUGAGAAGGGUAUAUUUGUGUGGACAAUGCAAGGUGGACCUUUUGGAACUGUGGUCACAUUUACAUUAUGUGGUCAAAUAAUUAGCGCUUUUGGUUGGAAAGCUGCAUAUUAUGUUACUAGUGGUCUUAUACUGAUUUUUUAUAUUUUAUGGAUUUUCCUUAUAUACGAUACCCCUGAUACUCAUCCAGGAAUCACAAAAAAUGAAAAAGAUUAUAUUAAAGAACAAAUAGGUACUACUGUUUCUAAACAAAAAGUGAAAUUGCCAGUGAGAGCUGUUGCUACAUCAGUACCAUUUAUAGUUCUAUUGUGGGCUCAUUUUGCAAACAUGUGGGGUAUAUAUUUCAUUGCUACAAACGGACCAAAAUAUACGUUAGAAGUUCUUGGUUUUAAUAUGAAAUCGGGAGGAUCAAUUACAGGAUUGCCUUAUAUAGCAAGACUUGGUGCUGGAAUAUUGUUUGCUGCAGCUGGUGAUUAUGUUCGAAGGAAAAAUAUUCUUACUUUAAAUUGGAUUAGAAAAAUAUUUAUGCUUUUCUCACAUAUGGGCCCUGCAUUAGCUUUAAUUGUAAUGACAUAUGCUGGUUGCGAUGCAACAGCUGCCAUCAUUAUGUUAAUAGUAGCAUUAACUUUUAAUGGUGCUGCAUGUCAAACCAGUUUACAAAAUCAUCAAGAUCUUGCACCAAAUUACGCUGGUUCCUUAUAUGGAAUCAUGAAUACUUUUGGCAGUUUUCCUGGAUUUAUUAUUCCACCAAUUAUUGGUGCUCUAACAAAUGAGAGAAAUGGAGUAGAAGAAUGGCGUAUUAUGUUUUGGAUUUCAACAGCAGUAUUUACAUCUGCAACAGUACUUUUUUGGUUUUUUGGUUCAGCAGACACUCAGCCAUGGAAUGAUUUAAAUCAACAGAAAGUAUCAACGAUUUCUGAUGAAGAAACGCAAAUGAAUUCAAUACACGCUACAAAAUCACAUCCAGAACAAGAAGACGAUGAAUCUAAAGUAUCGUUAUAAUUAAAAAAUUGCAUUUUUUUUAAGUUAAUGCUAAAUUUAUUUAUUUAAUAUUAAAAACAUCCAAUUAUUUUAUAAGUGGUAUGAAUAUUGCGGAUGUUUUUUGAAGCUAGACAAACAAUUUAUUCACAAUUAUUUUUCUACAUUUCUAUAGUCAGUUGUAAUUUAUUUACCAAUUUCUCGAUCCCUCUUUUAAGUCAGUUUUUUUUCGUUUUUUUUUUUAUUUUAGUUUAUUGCUACUUUUUUCCAAAAUCGUUUUAUUUAUUUAUUCGUUUUAUUUAUUCAAUGACUUAAUACAUGAAUUGGUACUUACAAAUAAAUGAGUGCAGCGUAAAUCUUAAAAAGAGAUUUUAAAACACCACCGUGUCGAGUUCUUUAUAUAUAUAUAUAUAUCGUCUCUAAAUUCUAUCUAGUUUGUGAUUUCAAAUCGCGAGCUUUCACUGCAUAUAUAUAUAUAGUUUAUUUAAUAUAUGCUUUUACACUUUAAAACGUGAGAAAUACUCGGAUUGCAUUUCUUAACUUCGUGCCAAAUCAAAUGUAUACUUAAUGCUUACUUUAUACAAGAUAUCUUAAUAAUAAUGUACAAUUGUUUAUAUUUGUAAAAUCAGAAAUGUAAAAUAUGCAAUUGUAUAUAAGAUAAUUAAUAAUUUAUCAUCUUAAUUCUAAUAUAAAGAGGGAUAUGAUUUAAUACAAAGAAAUGUUGCACGAGUAAUAAUGUAUUCUCAUAUUUAAUUUAUUUGUACUCUACAGAGCGAAAUUUGGAGAAGUAUUACAAAUAUUUUUUCAUACAUGUUUCGUUAUAAUUAAUAUAAAAAUCAUACACGAAGUAAGAAACGACAUGUACUUUGUAUAAUUAUCUUUAGGAAGGUUUAUUAUGUAUUUACUGAAUGUACAUAUUAUACUAUACAUAUAGUGAUGCAGUAUAUAAGCGUAUUAUAAUGCAUAUAGAUUGAUCUGAUGAUAUUUUAAAAAUAUGUUAAGAAUAAAUAAACAUUUUAAAAAUGUA